AUGGACAAUCCCGAAGUAGACAGCAUCAUCUCCACUUCCACUCGACUCCGAGCAGAAACAGCGAAAGCUUACAUUGAACAAAAAAUCAACCGUCUCAAAUCUGAAGAACUUAAAAAGCGAACCGAGUAAUUUUUAUGCAGAUGAGAAUUAUUAAAGAAGAGAAUGGAAGAAAUGAGCCUUUCUGACACAGAACAAGAAAUAAUCAAGCAAGAAAUUCUUCAUCAAGAAGCUGAAGACCUGAGAAUAAAGCGUCAAAAAAUAAUAGUUCAUGAUUUUGAACCAAUUGCAAUUAUUGGCAAAGGCGCAUAUGGCGAAGUCAGACUCUGUAGAGUGAAAGCAACAAGUGAAAUAGUUGCAAUGAAGAAGAUGAAGAAAAGCGAAAUGAAGUUCAAAAACCAGGUCAAGCAUAUAAAAGCUGAAAGGGACAUUCUAGCAAGAGCUAAUAAUGAUUGAAUUGUCAAUUUGAAAUACUCUUUCCAAGACGAAAAUUACUUAUAUCUGUGUAUGGAGUACUUACCUGGAGGAGAUUUGAUGACUUUACUCAUGAAAAAAGAUAUUUUACCGGAGGACGAGGCAAGGUUCUAUAUUGCAGAAAUUAUAUUAGCAGUGGACUCGGCACACCAAUUGAAUUAUAUUCAUAGAGAUCUCAAGCCAGAUAAUGUCCUAUUGGAUUCUACUGGGCACAUAAAACUUUCUGAUUUUGGGCUAUGCACAUUUGCAGUAACUUUUAUAUAGGAAGUCAUACCAUCGAGCUUUUCGCUUAUCAGAUCUCAAGAAGAUCCAGAUUUGCCCCAGCCUUCCCUAGUGACCAUUUCUUGUGAAAAGCCAAACUUUAAACGCCAAAGGCACUUAGCCUUCUCCACCGUAGGAACUCCAGACUAUAUUGCUCCAGAAGUCUUCAAUCAGCAAGGCUACAAUGAAGCUGUCGACUGAUGGUCAGUAGGUGUUAUUCUAUUUGAAAUGCUUGUGGGCUAUCCUCCCUUUUACUCUGACGAUGCUCCUACCACAUGCCAAAAAAUCAUGCAUUGGAAGCAAACUUUGAGGAUCCCUCCUGAGUCAAAUAUCAGCCCUGCAGCUGCUGAUUUGAUUCUAAGGCUUCUGAGAGACAAAAACGACAGACUAGGAAAUAGCGGCAUAAAUGAAAUUAAAACUCAUCCAUUUUUUAGUGGAAUUAAUUGAGAUAACUUGAGAAAAGCCAGAGCUCCUUAUAUACCUGAAGUAAUAAGCGAAAUCGAUACGAGAAAUUUUGAAAAUUUCAUUGAAGAUGAACCGUUUUACCCAGAGCCGACAGAAAGAAGUCUGAGGAAAGAUUUUGAUUUUAUUGGAUAUACUUAUAAACAAGAUGAGCAGAGAGAUCAUUUAAUUAGCGCAUUACAAGAACUGGAAACCUUGAGAAGUUCUGAUGGGAGCAUUCAAGACAAAAUAAGGAUGUGGCACGGGCAUUCAAAUGUUAGAGCGAGCGAUAAUAACGAUAUAUAG